AGAACAUAAACAGUCUACAUAUAAUCUGCUGCAUCACUAGAGAAAAGGGAGGGAACGGCCAGGCAUUACGGCCUUUUCGUUUUUGUGUGUCUAGUGUUGAACCUCGCUUGGUGUAAACUUAAGUUUUGUAGAAAACUUGAUAUUUACAUAGUUCGCCAUGUCCAAGGAGAUCGAAGGAACAAGGCCUGCCGUCGAGGAGGCAACCCACGAGGAACAGCAGGAGAUGGAUGACACAGUCCUCAGCCCAGAGAAGGCAGAGGAGGUGAAACUAAAGGCCAGGUUCCCUCAUCUUGGAACCAAGCCUGGGGGCUCUGACCUGCUCCGGAAACGGCUUCAGAAAGGGCAAAAGUUCUUUGACUCCGGGGACUACAACAUGGCCAAGGCUAAGGUGAAGAACAAGCAGCAGCUCCCUGCGGUGACGCCGGCUGAGAAGGCAGAGAUAACAGGGGACCACAUCCCCACACCUCAGGACAUCCCCCAGAGGAAGCCCUCCAUCGUGGCUAGCAAACUGGCUGGCUGAGGGGCUGACGAAACUAGGGAAGCUUUGGAACUUUUACCUGUUCUGUUCUGGUGUUAACCAUUCCAUUGCUCUCUCCUCUCUUUCUCUCGAGCCGGCCGCACAUUUGUUUCCUACUACCCUUACCCCUUGGCCCUAACCCUUCAAUCUUUGUUAUAUCUUGCCAGCGCUUCCACCAUAGUACCUACACCUUACAGAUUUGAAUGAUUAGGGCCAAAGGAAGGGGCAGAGAGUGAAUUCAGAUCAGCGCAUGCUCGCUCCCUCAUCUCUCUUUCUUCUGCACCCCUUUCUCCCAUCACCACCUUCUCUCUCUAUGAAUUCUGAAAAAUAAUAUUUUUGAGAAUCGAGCAGAAAGACUCCUGAGAAAUAUUGCUGCCGGAGGAUGACUGUCUUCGGUUAGUGACUGAAAUUAUUGGUUUAAAAAAAAAAAAGAGACAAAUGUUUGCCAAGUCUACUUCAAAGGGGCCUGUAUAUCUACUGUAGUGACUGAUGGAAACUGUACAUAGCCUAUCACCAUGUAUGGGAGAGGCCAGUUCAAUGUCUUAAACAUGUUUUACCUUUUAUAGCUUCCAUUGACAUUUAAAUGAUGAGGUAAUAUUCUAGAAUCCUUCAUCACGCCUAGAAUCCCCUCCUAGUCUGGUCCCAGAUCUAUUUCUGCUGUCUGGCCAACUUCUUGACCUACGGUCGUUGUCUAGACAACACAAACCGAUCUGGGACAAUCAGGCUAAUUGCCCUCCUUCUCCACUGUCCAAAGCUAUGUUCUUUGUUUUGAUGCAUUGAUUGAAAAUAGCCCGUAUCACACAGAUGUCGUGUAUAUUAUCGAUCUCAUCUAAACCUCUUAAAUGGCCUUUUUAACAGUUAUGAGCCACUGUUUUCUCUUGGGCAAUAUUUGCUCGCUCACUCCAGUGAGAGAAUCUUUGCUUGUCUGAAAUGGCUUUCUAGAUAGUGUACUACGUUUUUGAGGCUCUGGUCAAAAGUAGGACGCCAUUCUGAUGACACAGCCUCUGUGAAUCAAGCCUAGGAACGCCUGCCUGCCACUAUCUGAGACUCAGGUAAUUUAGGUCUAGUAGUCAAGGAACUCACUUAAAUGGAAUGUCGGUCUGAAGGGUGUGCAUGUGCAUUGACUGGGUGUAGUCACAUUGUGCCAUUUGUAAAUAAAAUAGUUUUGCACAAUA